AAAGGUGUAGUAAUACUUGUGAUUCUAUAUAACAGUCUAUCGAGAGAUGUCGAGAUGACAAAUAAUAUAAUAAAAUAGACUAAAAGAGUAUGGGAGAUUUUGAAAUAAUUGAAACUGGCUUCAGCAGUGCUGAUGAAACUAUAAAUUUUGGUACCAGAAGUAUUGGACUUGGUAGUUUGUAUGAAAUAUCCACUAUUGGUUGCUUCAAAUCUUAUGAAGAUGAAAGUGGAGUUCCCAGUGUGACAAUAAACUGCCUGAUAGAAAAUGGCCAGCUCGUCUUGGCAACAGACAAAUCCUUGAAGAUAUUUGAUGAUACGAAACUAUCCAACCUCUUAUUUACAGCUGCAUUUGAUUCAAGUAUUGUUUCUAUCACUGUAUCUCCUGAUAACAAUUUCAUGUUGAUAUGUUUGGAGAGCGGUGUUGUCAACAUUUUCCAUGUGAAAGACAGAGGAGAGAUUUUUUCAGUAUUCACAAAAUGUCUUCCAAGUACCACUGAGGCACCUACAAUUUAUAUAGAGGGUUUUUUUGAAACUCAGUGCUCCAAGGUUACCACUUUUAUAAUAGUUCAAGGUACUGGAGCAAUAUUCAGGGUUUCUGUAAGCACAAAGCCCGUUGACCAGAGUGAAAAUACUUUUGAAACAAGAUUUGAGGAACUUCUCAAUUUGAAUACUCACAUAACGUCAGCAUCAUUUAGUUAUCCCAUCCUUCUGACAAAUGGUGCUGAAUUCAGUGUUGUCAACACUGAGACUCAAUUAGUUUUGUCUGACAACUCUCACGAAGUGAAAACUAUGUUUUCUCUUGGACGGUAA